AUGGAACAUCCAACUGUGGCGCAAUCACCCCCUCCAGACGGAGGAUACGGCUGGACAGUAGCAGGCGCAUGUUUUGUUUUGAAUGCCUUUACUUGGGGGGCCACUUCAUCUUUUGGCGUGUAUUUGUCUGAGUAUCUGCUAUCACGCAGAUUUCCGGAUACCAAACCCCUCGAGUUCGGCUUCAUUGACGGGCUCAACUUCAGUUGCGCUAUGCUGGUUGCUCCUCUUGUCACGCAUCUUACGCGCAAACUCGGGCUCCAUGCUGUUAUGAUUCCGGAAUGCCUCGUACAGUCUCUCGGUUAUGCCAUCGCCUCGAUUUCCGCUCAACCAUGGCACCUCUACCUGACUCAAGGGGCGCUCGUUGGAUUCGGAAUUGACUUGAUCGUAAUACCGAGCACUGCGGUCCUUUCUCAGUGGUUUUCUAGCCGUAGAAGCAUCGCCAACGGCAUAAGCUCUGCAGGUUCAGGUGCUGGGGGUGCUGCGUUUACCUGGGGUACGGCUGCAACCAUCAAGAGCUUAGGCGUUCACUGGGCCCUACGUAUAACAGGCCUUGUCGCCUUUACUGCUACCCUCGCCGCCACUCUUUUUCUCGGAGAUCGGAAUAAGCACAUCAGACCAACUCAAUUGGCGUUUGAUGUUGCUCUACUCCGUAAGAAGGAGGUUGUCUUACUUCUUUUAUGGACUUUCGUACAUAUGUUCGGAUACGUCACGUUACUAUUCUCACUGUCAGAUUUUGCUCUUUCUGUCGGUCUAUCCCAGCAGCAAGCGACUGACAUUAUCGGGUUUCUCAAUUUCGGGACUGCUCUUGGCCGGCCAAUAGUUGGAAUCGCGAGUGAUCGUUUCUCCAGGAUUGCGACUGCCGGUACGCUCACUUUCAUGUGCGGGAUGAUUUGUUUCGCGCUAUGGAUACCUGCUAGGUCAUUUGCAGUGACUGCUACAUUCGCAGUUCUAUGUGGAGCAAUUUUGGGCGUCUUUUGGAUGACAAUCGGGCCCUUGGCAGUGGAGGUGGCAGGUCCCAAGCAUAUACAGUCUGUACUUUCUCUUGCUUGGGCUACUACAAUAGUUCCUACAGCAUGUGGCGAACCCAUUGCUCUCGCCUUGCGUGAAAUCAACUCUCCAAGAGUUUAUCUUUACGCUCAGGUAUUUGCCGGGCUGUCAUAUAUCGUUGCUAGUCACUUCAUGUUUGGAUUAUGGAAGGCCUUACACACAGAGAAUCGCUCGGAGGGAUCCCCUUCGCAUGCGUAG